UGGCACAUGAGAGCUAACCGACAUUUGUUUGAAUCGAAAACGAAACCUGCGCAGGUGCUGUGGCUGAUACUGAUCCCUGUGAAGCUGUAGUAACACGAGCCGUUAGCCCCCUCGGCAUUAUCCAGGCAUGGCACUGCAAAUAUCAUCUCUAUUUUCAUAUAUCAGAGCUCCGCUGUGCUCCGGCCCUCUGUCCCGUGCUGACUUCCAGGGCGCCGGUAUCAAAUUCAAACACAUUUUAACGGCUGGAAGCCCCCGGCUGGGAGCGGAGCCAGCAACAAGUCCCGUCCGCGGCCAUAUUAACGCUGCCCUCCGAGCUGACAAGUUUUCAACCACAGCGACAGUAGCAUUUUGGAGGUCGAGCCAGGGCAAGGCUACCUCCUCACCCCAAGGGAGGAGAGCUUGGUUGGGGAAAGUAGCCCUCGGUGCCGCCCUCGGAGUGAGCACAGUCGGGCUGGUCCAGUCUCUCCACACCGGGACAGUCACCGCCAUGGCCCGCAAAGUUAACCUGAACUCCGCGGAGGGAGACUGGAAGGAGACCAAGGACUUCUUGCUGUCUCUGCCUGUGAAGGACAGGCGUCAACACUACAGGACGUCUGACUUUGUGCCACUGGAUGACGUCUCAGUGUGGACUCCCACUGCAGGCGUUUCUGGAAAGCCUCUGUACCAGAGGAAUACAAAGUUGGACCAGAAGAUCUCACUCUACAGCGGUGACAUCACCAAGCUGGAGAUAGACGCCAUUGUUAACGCAGCCAACAAGACUCUGCUCGGUGGAGGUGGAGUGGAUGGAGCGAUCCACCGCGCUGCAGGUCCGAUGCUAAAAAAGGAGUGUGCUUCCCUCCACGGCUGCGAGACCGGAGAGGCCAAGAUCACCUGUGGCUACGGCCUCCCAGCAAAGUAUGUGAUCCACACUGUGGGGCCGAUUGCACAAGGAGGAGUGGGAGAGGAAGAGAAGAAAGCCUUGAGGUCGUGCUACAAGAACAGCCUGACAACAGCCACCAAAAAUGCUGCACGCACUGUGGCUUUCCCCUGCAUCUCCACUGGAAUCUACGGAUAUCCACCUGAGCAGGCUGUGCAUGAGGCGUUAGCGACUGUGAGGGAGUAUCUGGAUGAACAUCAUGACAAGCUGGACAGAGUCAUCUUCUGUGUGUUCUUGCCGACGGAUAAGGAGCUGUAUCUGCAGAACCUCCCGCUCUACUUCCCUGCUGCCUGACCAGUGACAGCAGCUUAUUGUUCAGCUCCCACAGAGGCCACGGUCAAGAGUAAGCUCUGAGAGAGUGGAUUUGUCAGUUACUGAGGAUGCACAACAUCCAGUUUCCUCCUUCUCACUGUUGUCGCAGAUCAAGACCUUCUUCAGCAGGAAGAUAACGCCUAAAAGUAUGGCUGCUUUUUUUUGUUUUUGUUUCAAGUGCUUGCUGCUCUUCUGCAGGUGUUGAUUAGUUCAUCUGUUUUUCCCACAAAUGGUUGAGAGAGGUGUCCUCUCUCUGUGAUGAAGGUGUCAAAUGAUAUUGAUAAUUAUUGUGAAAAAUGGAUUUUGAACUGCACUCUGACUUGACCUUUAUUGUCUGUGAUCAGUUUUGCAGCACGCUAUGAUUUAUUUGCCCUGUGCUAUUUGAAUAUUGGGAUUCCAGAGUGUGUGAGACAAUUACAAAAGCUUAUUAAAACGAAUCACACAGGC